AGCCAGCUUUUACACAUUUAUCUUGAGAGCUAGCAAAUUUAGUCAAAUUUUAUUUCUCCACAGCGUGAGUGCAUUUCUAUCCACGUUGGUCAGGCCGGUGUUCAGAUCGGGAAUGCCUGCUGGGAGCUGUAUUGCUUGGAGCAUGGGAUCCAGCCCAAUGGUCAGAUGCCCAGCGACAAAACCAUCGGCGGAGGGGACGAUUCCUUCAACACUUUCUUCAGCGAGACUGGAGCGGGAAAACACGUCCCUCGUGCAGUGUUUGUUGACCUCGAACCAACUGUUGUUGGUAAGGACGAACAUUUGCUAAAAUAUUGACAUGACUGAUUUUUUACAUUGAUAAAAUCCAGCCUGAACAGAGUUGUGAUUUUUCAUAGAUGAGGUCCGCACUGGGACAUACCGUCAGUUGUUCCACCCGGAGCAGCUCAUCACCGGUAAGGAGGAUGCCGCCAACAACUAUGCUCGUGGCCACUACACUAUUGGCAAGGAGAUCGUGGAUCUGGUGCUGGACCGAGUUCGCAAGCUGGUGAGUAGCAGCUUGCGAACGCGUGGCAAUGUGUUUCCAACUACUAGUUAUGUAACUUUACUAGCAAGCUACUUGAACAGAGUUGUAAACCUGUGAGGCCAGUCUGUCCCUAACCUAGAGUCCUGCAGGGGUCAGUUUUUUGGAUCUGCUCCCCCGCGUGUGGAGCCCAAACUUGAUAUUCAACAUCAGAGACUGUAAUUGUUGGACAUAGUAUACUGUAAAAACACCAGCAAAUCCGUUCCAAGGGAUUUUUAUUUUGGAAAUCUGUUCCAAAGUAUUUCCACGCAUAAUAGACAGAUAUACAGUGGGGGGGGAAAGUAUUUAGUCAGCCACCAAUUGUGCAAGUUCUCCCACUUAAAAAGAUGAGCGAGGCCUGUAAUUUUCAUCAUAGGUACACGUCAACUAUGACAGACAAAAUGAGAAUUUUCUUUCCAGAAAAUCACAUUGUAGGAUUUUUAAUGAAUUUAUUUGCAAAUUAUGGUGGAAAAUAAGUAUUUGGUCAAUAACAAAAGUUUCUCAAUACUUUGUUAUAUACCCUUUGUUGGCAAUGACACAGGUCAAACGUUCUCUGUAAGUCUUCACAAGGUUUUCACACACUGUUGCUGGUAUUUUGGCCCAUUCCUCCAUGCAGAUCUCCUCUAGAGCAGUGAUGUUUUGGAGCUGUCGCUGGGCAACACAGACUUUCAACUCCCUCCAAAGAUUUUCUAUGGGGUUGAGAUCUGGAGACUGGCUAGGCCACUCCAGGACCUUGAAAUGCUUCUUACGAAGCCACUCCUUCGUUGCCCGGGCAGUGUGUUUGGGAUCAUUGUCAUGCUGAAAGACCCAGCCACGUUUCAUCUUCAAUGCCCUUGCUGAUGGAAGGAGGUUUUCACUCAAAAUCUCACGAUACAUGGCCCUAUUCAUUCUUUCCUUUACACGGAUCAGUCGUCCUGGUCCCUUUGCAGAAAAACAGCCCCAAAGCAUGAUGUUUCCACUCCCAUGCUUCACAGUAGGUAUGGUGUUCUUUGGCUGCAACUCAGCAUUCUUUGUCCUCCAAACACGACGAGUUGAGUUUUUACCUAAAAGUUAUAGUUUGGUUUCAUCUGACCAUAUGACAUUCUCCCAAUCCUCUUCUGGAUCAUCCAAAUGCACUCUAUUUUGGAAAUCUGUUCCAAAGUAUUUCCACGCAUAAUAGACAGAUAUACAGUGGGGGAAAAAAGUAUUUAGUCAGCCACCAAUUGUGCAAGUUCUCCCACUUAAAAAGAUGAGAGAGGCCUGUAAUUUUCAUCAUAGGUACACGUCAACUAUGACAGACAAAUUGAGAGAGAAAAAUCCAGAAAAUCACAUUGUACGAUUUUUAAUGAUUUUAUUUGCAAAUUAUGGUGGAAAAUAAGUAUUUGGUCACCUAAAAUCAAGCAAGAUUUCUGGCUCUCACAGACCUGUAACUUCUUCUUUAAGAGGCUCCUCUGUCCUCCACUCGUUACCUGUAUUAAUGGCACCUGUUUGAACUUGUUAUCAGUAUAAAAGACACCUGUCCACAACCUCAAACAGUCACACUCCAAACUCCACUAUGGCCAAGACCAAAGAGCUGUCAAAGGACACCAGAAACAAAAUUGUAGACCUGCACCAGGCUGGGAAGACUGAAUCUCCAAUAGGUAAGCAGCUUGGUUUGAAGAAAUCAUCUGUGGGAGCAAUUAUUAGGAAAUGGAAGACAUACAAGACCACUGAUAAUCUCCCUCGAUCUGGGGCUCCACGCAAGAUCUCACCCUGUGGGGUCAAAAUGAUCACAAGAACGGUGAGCAAAAAUCCCAGAACCACACGGGGGGACCUAGUGAAUGACCUGCCGAGAGCUGAGACCAAAGUAACAAAGCCUACCAUCAGUAACACACUACGCCGCCAGGGACUCAAAUCCUGCAGUGCCAGACGUGUCCCCUUGCUUAAGCCAGUACAUGUCCAGGCCCGUCUGAAGUUUGCUAUAGUGCAUUUGGAUGAUCCAGAAGAGGUUUGGGAGAAUGUCAUAUGGUCAGAUGAAACCAAAAUAUAACUUUUUGGUAAAAACUCAACUCGUCGUGUUUGGAGGACAAAUAAUUCUGAGUUGCAUCCAAAGAACACCAUACCUACUGUGAAGCAUGGGGGUGGAAACAUCAUGCUUUGGGGCUGUUUUUCUGCAAAGGGACCAGGACGACUGAUCCGUGUAAAGGAAAAAAUGAAUGGGGCCAUGUAUCGUGAGAUUUUGAGUGAAAACCUCCUUCCAUCAGCAAGGGCAUUGAAGAUGAAACGUGGCUGGGUCUUUCAGCAUGACAAUGAUCCCAAACACACCGCCUUGGCAACGAAGGAGUGGCUUUGUAAGAAGCAUUUCAAGGUCCUGGAGUGGCCUAGCCAGUCUCCAGAUCUCAACCCCAUAGAAAAUCUUUGGAGGGAGUUGAAAGUACGUGUUGCCCAGCGACAGCCCCAAAACAUCACUGCUCUAGAGGAGAUCUGCGUGGAGGAAUGGGCCAAAAUACCAGCAACAGUGUGUGAAAACCUUGUGAAGACUUAAAGAAAACGUUUGACCUGUGUCAUUGCCAACAAAGGGUAUAUAACAAAGUAUUGAGAAACGUUUGUUAUUGACCAAAUACUUAUUUUCCACCAUAAUUUGCAAAUAAAUUCAUUAAAAAUCCUACAAUGUGAUUUUCUGGAAAGAAAAUUCUCAUUUUGUCUGUCAUAGUUGACGUGUACCUAUGAUGAAAAUUACAGGCCUUUCUCAUCUUUUUAAGUGGGAGAACUUGCACAAUUGGUGGCUGACUAAAUACUUUUUUCCCCCACUGUAUGUGAUUGUAAGCGAGGUUUGAAAUGAUUAUGUCUUAGUCAAAUAUGCUCUGUUUGGCCUUCUUCCAGUCAAUUUGCAGUCUACAAAUUGUUUGCAAUUACAUUCUGGCCCCCUGACCAUCAGCUCAUGAUAAAAUCGGCCAGCGGCUGAAUCUAGUUGAUGAUCCCUGGGCUAUAGGCUACAAAAGGAACCUACAUUUAUUUAGUAGGCUAUUAGCUACUCAACCAGUUACCAGCCGCACAGGUUUAAACUUUAUAUGGCCUGUGUAUGGUCUAAAUGAACUAAAGCAGGAAUUAAUGUAAUAAUUAUCUGAUAAUUAACUAAAUUAUUGUAAACAAAUACCUGCUUGCACUUUUGCAGGCUGUGUAUCCAUCUACCGGGUUGUUGACCUCCUUGUCAACAAUGACUCAAAUUGUUCCAAACUAGCGAAUUUCACUAUCAUAACCUUUCUUUUUAUUGCUCCUGUUACAUUAGCCAAUUUUGCGUGAUCUAGGAGUCGGGUAAAAUAAACUUGGCAACAUGUUGUCGAGUGGUGGAAGGGAACAUAAGCUCUGCGCUUGGACAAAUUAGGAAUGUUUCAGCACCACACAAAUAGGCCUGCUAAUGGACAGUUCCCUGCUCCACUCUCUCACUGCAUGGCUGGUAUUCUAGGCCUGGCUAUGUCUGCCUCACUGCUCACAUAGCCUAAUGGAAUUUGCAACACAAUAAAAAAAUAAGAUCCUGGGUUUGUAAAAAAAACAUUUGAUUUACAAUGUUUCAGACCAGCAAUAUAAUUGUUCUGAACCGCGAGCCGACCCAAGGGUUGAAAUAAUGUUUUCAUUCCCGCCAGCUGAGUUUUCAGUUCAACCGCAGGGAACCGUGAGUAUCCAACACGAUGCAGGACUCUACCCUUACCCCUUGUGUUCUUUGUACCCCCCCAGUCGGACCAGUGCACUGGGCUUCAGGGCUUCCUGAUCUUCCACAGCUUUGGUGGUGGAACUGGCUCCGGCUUUGCCUCUCUGCUCAUGGAGAGACUGUCUGUGGACUAUGGCAAGAAGUCCAAACUGGAGUUUGCCAUUUACCCCGCCCCUCAGGUAUUUCUAAGGUUUAGUUGCUCACAUGAAUAUUUGGUAGAUUUCCACAUCAGCAAAGCUAGUUCUGUACUUUAUCCCUGUACUCAAUACUUGUGUUUGUUUAAUAUGUACAUUUUCAUUAUGUGUAACCUAAUGAUGACUGUUCUACCUCUUGUGUGUGUGUUCAGGUGUCCACAGCUGUGGUGGAGCCCUACAACUCUAUCCUGACCACCCACACCACCCUGGAACACUCGGACUGUGCCUUCAUGGUCGACAACGAGGCCAUCUAUGACAUCUGCCGUCGUAACCUGGACAUUGAGCGCCCCACCUAUACUAACCUCAACAGGCUCAUUGGCCAGAUUGUCUCCUCCAUCACCGCCUCGCUGCGUUUUGAUGGAGCCCUCAACGUGGACCUGACUGAGUUCCAGACCAACCUUGUGCCAUACCCCCGUAUCCACUUCCCCCUGGUUACCUACGCACCUGUCAUCUCUGCUGAGAAGGCCUACCACGAGAUGCUCUCUGUGGCAGAGAUCACCAACGCCUGCUUCGAGCCCGCCAACCAGAUGGUGAAGUGUGACCCUCGCCAUGGCAAGUACAUGGCCUGCUGCAUGCUGUACCGUGGGGAUGUGGUGCCCAAGGACGUCAACGCUGCCAUCGCCACCAUCAAGACCAAACGCACCAUCCAGUUUGUCGACUGGUGCCCCACCGGCUUCAAGGUAAACAAGCAAUGGGUUUAUUCAUUCACAAUGAUCUAUGUUCCUUAACCUUUUCAAGUAUAAUUGGUUAGUCAGGUUUUUAGACCAUUUUUUUCUUCUUGUGCCCUACAGGUAGGCAUCAACUACCAGCCACCCACAGUGGUGCCAGGUGGAGAUCUUGCCAAGGUCCAAAGAGCCGUGUGCAUGUUGAGCAACACCACAGCCAUCGCUGAGGCCUGGGCUCGGCUUGACCACAAGUUUGACCUGAUGUAUGCCAAGCGUGCCUUUGUGCACUGGUAUGUGGGAGAGGGUAUGGAGGAGGGUGAGUUCUCCGAGGCCAGAGAAGAUCUGGCUGCCCUGGAGAAGGACUACGAGGAAGUGGGAGUGGAUUCAGUGGAGGGAGAGGCUGAGGAAGGAGAGGAGUACUGA